AUGAAUCGCAUUCCACCACCACGGCCAGACGAAACAAAAUUGCCACACUACCGUUGCAAAGACGUGUUUGAGUCUCCCAGUGGUACGAAUGCCUGCCAUCACCCUCCUGAUGACUGGCAGCCACGUCAUAAUAUCAAAAAAUGUUUUGAUGAUGGAACUUUACUAGGUGAUGACGAUGCAAUCUCCUCUUUUUGUACAAUAUUUAUUGUGGAAAGGGAAAUAAUUAAAGACCAUUUACAGCAUCUAACUACAUUAAAGAGGAAAAAAACAUGCGCACAAAGGGCAGGUUGAAGAAACGCAAGCAGAGACAACAGAAAUGCUUCGAGGACUAUGAUUGGAACACCCUUUGUCGCACUGGUAAAGUUCAGCAAUACAUUAAGGAGCUCGAAACGUAUCUCAGUCAUUCCAACCCUCCAUUAAAAGGCAAGAAAUAUGAUAAGGUACGACGGAUCACGGCACAUGCAUUGAUCAGAAUAGGUGAGGGUGAUACCAAUGUCUCUCUGCAGCGGCAAGAAGUACUGCAAGAUGAUAUCAGUGACAAUGAUAUGGACAACUGUUCUGAUGCGGAAAGUGACAGCUAA